AUGGUGGCCACUGUUGUUACAGUCAUGAGCUUCACCAUCUUCCUGGGUGUCGUUUCUGCUGAUCCCGACAUGCUUCAAGAUGUCUGUGUCGCCGAUCUUGCUUCCAAAGCGAUAGUCAAUGGAUUCCCAUGCAAAGCGACUUUCAAUGAAACGGACUUCUUCUUUGACGGGUUGGCCAAACCUGGACUCACCAACAACACCUUAGGCUCUCUAGUGACCAUGGCCAACGUCCAAAAGAUCCCGGGCCUCAACACCCUUGGCGUGUCCCUACACCGCGUUGACUAUGCUCCUUUCGGCCUCACCCCACCCCACACCCACCCACGAGCCACCGAGAUAUUGUUCGUGCUCUAUGGGGAGCUACACAUUGGAUUCAUAACCACCGCUAACAUAUUCGUUGCUAAGACCAUCAAGGCGGGCGAGAUCUUUGUGUUCCCUAGAGGAUUGGUCCACUUCCAAAAAAACGUCCAGAAUGCCCCCGCAGCCGCCAUUGCGGCAUUCAACAGCCAAUUGGCAGGGACUCAAAUCAUCACGACUGCGCUGUUUGGGGCCAAGCCCACGGUGCCUGACGACGUGUUGGCCAAGGCGUUCCAGAUUGAUGUUGAUGAGGUCAAGAUGAUCAAGGCUAAGCUUGCCCCCAAGAGCUAG